CUCUUUUGGUAUUAAAAAUAGACCGGUGCUGAUAACAGACUUAUGUUUCGACUGCAUCAUUUGCCGUCGGGAAUCUUUUGUGCGCUACUUUCAUUUUAAUCACCGAGCCGUGACCGCGAGAGCGCAAAUGCGCAUCGGUCUGCGCAUCUUUGAAUCUUCAGAACCACACUGUGGACAAUCUCCCUGACAUCCAAAGACCUCUCCCCCGCAAUCCUACGAGGCUUCUUCGCCGUUUAUGGCCGCACAUCGGCAUCCCUGAGCCGCCGGCCUCGUUCCGGACCUUUCACUCAUCGCUGCUCUCAAAAGCUCUCAGAAUCAGGGAGACAUUUCUACACCAAAUUGAAACCGUCCUCGGCUGGCUAUUUUUAAAGAACCCGGUGCAAUGCUGGGCCCGUCUCUCUAGAUCUUGUGAUCACUAGCCUGCACGAUCUCUCCUCCCACAUUCGUCCGAUCAAGACCCCGGUACUCUGAUCGAGCCCCAACGAUGCAUCGUAACGCAGUGAUGCUGGCUGUGGUCCUUUUGGGGAACUUGAUGCUACCUUUCAUCUCUGCUCAAAACGCUGGGUUUGUCAAGUCUCCACUCUCAGAGACUAAGCUUACAGGAGACACCUUUGAGCUGUACUGCGAGGUGGUCGGUUACCCCACUCCAGAGAUCCAGUGGUGGUAUGCUGAGGUCAACCGAGCUGACUCCUUCAAGCAGCUGUGGGACGGAGCCCGCAAACGUCGGGUAUCUAUCAACACAGCCUACGGCACCAAUGGAGUCAGUGUGCUCGGUAUCACACGCCUCACACUGGAGGACUCUGGGACCUAUGAAUGUCGGGCAAGCAACGACCCCAGGCGCAAUGACCUCCGACAAAACCCAGCCAUCACUUGGAUCCGCGCCCAGGCCACCAUUUCGGUGCUACAGAAACCAAAGAUCAAUGCCUCUGAUCAGACCAUCUUAACAGCAGACACCUCUAGUAAACAAGUUAUCCUGCAGUGUAACCUCACCACUGCCCAUACACGCCACAAGGAAAGCUUCUGGAUGAAAAAUGGACAGGAUAUCCCCAACACACGGACGGAACAGAAGGACACAAUAUACAGAAUCAACAAGCCGCGUGCUGACGAUUCUGGGGAAUACAUGUGUGUUUACACAUUUGACACGGCACCAAAUGCCAACGCUACGAUUGAAGUAAAAGCAAAACCGGAUAUCACUGGCCACAAGCGAAGUGAAAACAAAAAUGAGGGGGAGAAUGCAACGCUUUACUGCAAGUCUGUCGGUUACCCACAUCCCACCUGGACAUGGCGUAAGAUGGAUGGAAAAUCCCCAAUGGAGCUUGACAACUCGACUGGGCGAAUCUUCAUCACCAAUAGAGACAAUUACACAGAGCUCAACAUACUAAACCUGGAUAUUAACACGGAUCCUGGAAUAUAUGAAUGCAAUGCCACUAAUGCAAUUGGAAAUAAUGCUCAGACUACAAUUCUUCGAGUCCGCAGCCAUCUUGCACCACUUUGGCCUUUUCUGGGUGUUCUGGCAGAAAUUAUAAUCCUAGUAGUCAUCAUCGUUGUGUAUGAGAAACGCAAGAGGCCAGACGACAUCAUCGAUGAUGAUGAACCAGUUGGGCAAAUGAAAACAAAUUCAACAAACAACCACAAGGACAAAAACAUUCGCCAGAGGAAUACGAAAUAAGCAAUUUACUCAAAUGAGAUGGCUAAACUGCAUUUUUUUUGACUACGUGAAGGUGUCAGAGGUGGAUGGAGCUCUGGGCAGUUUUGAAAAAAGCAUAUCUUGUCUCAUUUUAUGAGAAACAAUAUCAGCAUAACACUGGCAACAAAAAGAACAUAAUGGCUGUCUUAAGCAUGCCUUAUUCAGUCUUAAGUGGAGAUUUCAGGAUGAAGAAUAAUGACUAAAACCACCACAGAGGUGUACACAUUUUUAAUGUGCUGUUGAUGUCUCCUUUCUUGAUUUUAUCAUGUCCUCAAAUGAGGUGAUCCCUUUUGUAUUACAUAUCAUGUACAAUGCAUGCAAGAUAAUUACAACGCAAUAGGAUACUCAGAAUAGACAUUUUCUGUUGUUA